AUGACAUCUUUAAGUUCCGGUAAACUAUGCUUCCUGCCUUAUUGCCUUGUCAUCUUCAUGUAUGUUUCAUCACCAAAUUGGGUUGCUUUUCCUUCUGCUACUUCUACUUCUGAUACUGAAGCAAAGGCUCUUCUCAAAUGGAAAGCCAGCUUAUUUCCAAAUAAAGCCCUCAAUCAUCUCACCUGGUACCCUCCCACUCAUAAUAUUAAUGCCACCAAUUCUUCCAACACCAAUCCAAAACCAAGAACAAGCCCAUGCACUUGGACUGGUGUUUCAUGCAACUCAGCUGGAAGUGUCAGCACGAUAAACCUUUCCACUUGUGGUAUUCAAGGUACGCUACAUGAGUUUUCAUUCUUGUCCUUCCCUAAUCUUGAAUAUCUUGACCUCAGCUUCAACAAACUCUUUGAUGCCAUACCAGCUCAAAUCAACUACGUCUCCAAACUCCACUAUCUCGAUAUCUCUAUAAAUCAGUUGUCUGGGAGAAUCCCACCAGAAAUCAGUCUCUUGAGAAAUCUUACAUAUCUUGGUCUCUAUAAAAAUACUUUGUUGGGGGAAAUUCCUAAUGAGAUAGGCAACCUGAAAUCUCUUGUGGGGCUAUAUUUGCAAAAGAAUCAACUCCAUGGUUCAAUUCCAAGAUCACUAGGCAAUCUAACAAGCCUUACCCAUCUCUAUCUCUAUGAUAAUAAACUUUCUGGUUUGAUUCCCAAGGAGAUAGGGAACUUGAAAUCUCUAGUAAUUCUAGAUUUGUCAGCUAACAAUUUAAGUGGUCUCAUCCCUCUAAAUAUUGGUAACUUAAUAAACCUAAAUAUUUUGUACCUGUAUUCCAAUCAACUUUUUGGUUUGAUUCCCAAAGAGAUAGGGAGCUUGAAAUCUCUUAUGGAUCUAGAGUUGUCUUAUAACAAUUUAAGUGGUCUCAUCCCUCCAAAUAUUGGUAACUUAAUAAAGUUAAACACUUUGUACUUGCAUUCCAAUCAACUGUCCGAUUUGAUUCCCAAGGAGAUAGGGAACUUGAAAUCUCUUGUAGAUCUAGAGUUGUCCUACAACAAUGUAAAUGGUCUCAUCCCUCCAAAUAUUGGUAACUUAAUAAAGCUAAACACUUUGUACUUGCAUUCCAAUCAACUUUCUGGUUUGAUUCCCAAGGAGAUAGGGAACUUGAAAUCUCUUGUAGAUCUAGAGUUGGGCGAGAAUCAACUCAACGAUUCAAUUCCAGCCUCAUUUGCUAACUUGAGCAACUUGGAUAUCUUAAUCCUACGCAAUAACCAACUUUCCGGCUCCAUCCCCCAAGAGUUAGAGAAUCUCAAGAAUUUGACUAAACUGUACUUGGAUACAAACCAAUUGUCUGGUUAUUUGCCCCCAAAUAUCUGA